CAAAUCUUUGUGUAAUGGGUUUUUAACUAAAACAUUUCUUUCAUGGGCCAAGACAUUUAAUUUCGGCUAAAAGGCCCAUUAAACUCCUCCAAAACUAGGGCUCAGGCGAAUUCAUCUGCCUUAAAUAGAUUCGUAAUUCUAGAAAACAGAUUUUUUAGGGUUUCAAGUGAAAAGAGUAAUAGCGCGGCGGAGCCAUGGUUCUCAAGACUGAGCUUUGCCGAUUCAGUGGCCAGAAAAUUUACCCUGGUAGAGGGAUCAGAUUUAUCCGAUCGGACUCUCAGGUGUUUUUGUUUCUCAACUCCAAAUGUAAGAGGUAUUUCCACAACAAGUUGAAGCCAUCUAAGCUUUGCUGGACUGCUAUGUACCGAAAGCAGCACAAGAAGGACGCAGCACAAGAGGCUGUGAAGAGAAGGAGACGUGCAACUAAGAAGCCUUACUCAAGGUCGAUUGUCGGUGCUACUUUGGAGGUUAUUCAGAAGAAGCGAGCAGAGAAGCCUGAAGUUCGUGAUGCCGCUAGAGAAGCUGCCCUACGUGAGAUCAAGGAGAGAAUCAAGAAGACCAAGGACGAGAAGAAGGCAAAGAAGGUCGAGUAUGCAUCAAAGCAACAGAAGUCACAAGUGAAGGGAAAUAUCCCCAAGAGUGCUGCACCCAAGGCUGCUAAGAUGGGUGGUGGUGGAGGCAGACGUUGAAUGGAGCUAUAGAGUAGCCCACUCUUCUCUCUUCACUUAUCUUUCUUUCUUGUUUUGACAUUGUUUUGUUUUGUCAGCCAUUUUUUAGUUUUGCACCAGAUCUAAUAUAUUCAGUUUAUGAAAACUUUUUGUUUGGUAUCAAUCCCCUUGUGUUUUACUCGUAGAUCCAAAAACUGCUAAAUAGAAUUUUCAACUUGGCUUAUUCUAGGACAUUAUUAGUGGUCUGAGCUAAAUUGAGCUUUGGUUAAGCAUUGAUUAUGGAUCUAGAGUUCUUGAAUCA